AUGUCGGACAAUCAGAGUUGGAAUUCCUCUGGCUCCGAGGAGGACCCCGAGACAGAGCCCGGGCUGCCUGUUGAGCUCUGUGGGGUACUCAGCAAGUGGACUAAUUACAUUCAUGGGUGGCAGGAUCGAUGGGUAGUUCUGAAAAGCAACACACUCAGUUAUUACAAGUCUGAAGAUGAAACGGAGUAUGGCUGCAGAGGCUCUAUCUGUCUGAGCAAGGCUGUGAUUACACCUCAUGACUUUGACGAAUGCAGAUUUGAUAUUAGUGUAAACGAUAGUGUUUGGUACCUCCGAGCUCAGGACCCAGACCACAGACAACAGUGGGUAGAUGCAAUAGAACAACACAAGACUGAAUCUGGCUAUGCAUCAGAGUCAAGUUUGCGACGCCAUGGCUCCAUGGUGUCUCUUGUUUCUGGAGCAAGUGGAUACUCUGCAACAUCCACCUCUUCAUUCAAGAAGGGCCAUAGCUUACACGAGAAGCUUGCAGAAAUGGAAACCUUUAGAGACAUCUUGUGUAGACAAGUUGAUACUUUACAGAAAUACUUUGAUGCCUGUGCAGAUGCAGUUUCCAAAGAUGAACUCCAGAGGGAUAAAGUGGUAGAAGAUGAUGAAGAUGAUUUCCCUGUGAUGCGUUCCGAUGGGGAUGUUUUACAUAACAGUAACAGCAGUAAGGAAAAAUUGUUUCCACAUGUGACACCCAAAGGAAUUAAUGGCAUAGACUUUAAAGGAGAAGCUAUAACUUUCAAGGCAACUACUGCUGGAAUCCUUGCUACACUCUCUCAUUGCAUUGAACUCAUGGUGAAACGUGAAGAAAGCUGGCAAAAAAGGCUAGAUAAGGAGAUAGAGAAAAGGAGAAGAAUUGAAGAAGCAUACAAAACUGCUGUGACAGAACUGAAGAAAAAGUCCCACUUUGGAGGACCAGACUAUGAGGAGGGUCCUAAUAGUCUGAUUAAUGAAGAAGAAUUCUUUGAUGCUGUUGAAGCUGCUCUCGAUAGACAGGAUAAAAUGGAAGAGCAGUCCCAAAGUGAAAAGGUCAGAUUAUACUGGCCAAUAUCCUUACCUUCUGGAGAUGCAUAUUCUGCUGUGGGUACUCAUAGAUUUGUCCAAAAGCCCUAUAGUCGUUCUUCCUCCAUGUCUUCCAUUGAUCUAGUCAGUGCCUUUGAUGUUCACAGAUUCAGCGCCCAGGUGGAAGAAAUGGUACAAAACCAUAUGACAUAUUCCUUGCAAGACAUAGGAGGAGAUGCCAAUUGGCAGCUAGUGGUAGAAGAAGGAGAAAUGAAGGUGUACAGAAGAGAGGUGGAAGAGAAUGGAAUAGUUUUAGAUCCUUUGAAAGCAACGCAUGCUGUUAAAGGGGUAACAGGGCAUGAAGUUUGCCACUACUUCUGGAAUGUCGAUGUUCGUAAUGACUGGGAAACAACAAUUGAAAAUUUCCAUGUUGUGGAAAAUUUAGCUGAUAAUGCCAUCAUCGUUUACCAGAUGCAUAAGAGAGUGUGGCCGGCUUCUCAAAGGGAUGUACUGUAUUUGUCUGCCAUCAGAAAGAUACCAGCAUUCAGUGAAAAUGAUCCUGAAACAUGGAUUGUUUGCAAUUUCUCUGUGGAACAUGACAGUGCUCCUCUGAACAAUCGCUGUGUCCGUGCCAAAAUAAAUAUUGCUAUGAUUUGUCAGACUUUAGUAAGCCCACCAGAAGGGAACAAGGAAAUAAGCAGGGACAAUAUCCUAUGCAAGAUUACGUAUGUAGCUAAUGUGAACCCAGGAGGAUGGGCACCAGCAUCAGUGUUACGGGCAGUGGCAAAACGAGAAUAUCCAAAAUUCUUAAAGCGUUUUACAUCAUAUGUGCAAGAGAAAACAGCAGGAAAGCCUAUUUUAUUCUAA